AUGACAGUGAAACCGACAACGGUGGUGAUCGGGUCCGGGAUGACCGGCGGCGUACGUCCAACGGCUCACUUCGCCCACAUGGCUCCAGAUGCGCGGGAGCGCGAACAACGGCGACGAUCGAUCGUCAUCCUUUCAUUGCUGGCCGCGUGCGCCUUUCUGUUUGUGCUGUCACUCUGCCUACUGACAGCAUUAGUAAUGGUUGGUCGCAAUCUGUCAUCGCAUUCGGAUGCAGGCAGUAGCGCCGAUUUGACAGCUGCGGUACCGGUGGAUGAUAAGCAUUUGUUUAUCGACAACAAUAACAUCGAUCAUAACGCGGACAGCGGCGGUGACGGUGCAAGUGAAGAAGAACGACGCGGAGAUACGAUAAGCGAUAACGGCACCGGCCCUUAUAACCGUAGUACCAUAUUCCUCCCAAACUCAGUGUUCCACGCCGUGUCGUCAUCUACGCCUCGACCGGUCGAUCGAAUGAAUCGAGUGUUCAAAAUGGGCACGCAAGUGGUUGAGAAACUGGGCUUCCGGUUACCGCGCCAUAUUCGACCGAUGCACUACGAACUGUGGCUGCACCCCGAUUUGCAACGGGAAACGUUCGCCGGACGUGUUGGAAUCGAUCUGAAUGUGACUGAAACGACGAACUACAUUGUGCUGCACAGCAAAAAGCUAACCAUUACCGAAACCGUCCUGCAAGCGCUUGCCAAAGGAGAGGACAGUCGGGAAAUCAACAUUUCCAGGGCGUACGAGGUACCAGAGCACGAGUACUGGGUCAUCGAGACGCAGGGCGACAUCGCGGCCGGUGACUAUCGGCUGAACGUGCAGUUUAAUGGCAACCUGGCGGAUCGCAUCAUUGGAUUCUACAGCAGCAAGUACCUCGAUAAGGCAACUAACCGGACUAGGAAAAUCGCAACCUCGAAAUUUGAGCCAACUUUUGCGCGGCAAGCGUUUCCAUGCUUUGACGAGCCCCAUCUGAAGGCCGAAUAUACAAUCCACAUGGUGCAUCCGUCCGCCGAUGGCUACGCGGCAUUGUCCAACAUGAACGUUAAAGAAAUCGUCCCGGAGCAGCCUAGCGCUGGGUUGAGCACGACGACUUUCGAGCGAAGCGUCAGCAUGAGCACAUACCUGGUGGUGUUCAUUGUGAGCGAUUUCCAGUUUAAACAGGCUCAGAUUGUACCGAAGCAUGGCGAUCCCUUCUCGUUGCGUGUGUACGCGACUCCGUUCCAGCAGAGUAAUAUCGAUUUUGCGCUGGCCACCGCCCGCACGAUCAUCGAAUACUACGUGGAGUACUUUGAAAUACCGUACCCGCUGCCAAAGCUAGACAUGGCGGCCAUCCCGGACUUCGUGUCGGGCGCAAUGGAAACUUGGGGCUUGGUGACGUACCGGGAGACCUCGAUCCUGUACAACAAAGCGACGAGCAGCACGGCCAACAAGCAGCGUGUGGCGGGUGUGAUCGCACACGAGCUGGCCCACAUGUGGUUCGGCAACUUGGUCACGAUGAAGUGGUGGAACGAGCUGUGGCUAAACGAGGGCUUUGCCAGCUACAUCGAGUACAAGGGCAUGCACGCGGCGAACCCUUCCUGGGGCAUCGAGGAACAAUUCAUCAUCGAUGACUUGCACGGUGUGCUGAACUUGGACGCGACCAUCGGUUCGCAUCCGAUCGUCAUGUCGGUGGAGAACCCGAACCAGAUUACGGAGAUCUUCGACACCAUCACCUACUCAAAGGGAGCAUCGGUCAUACGCAUGCUGGAGGACUUUGUGACGCCUGCCGUCUUCAAGCAGGGCGUGACGCGUUACCUCGAGAAGCUGCAGUUCUCGAACGGGGUGUCUGAAGACUUGAUGCGCGAGCUGGAUGCGCUCGUUUCGGAUGUUAGCGUGUCGACCGUCAUGGACACUUUUACGAAGCAGAAGGGUCUCCCAGUAGUAACGGUCGAGGAAAAUGCUUUGCAAUACGUGUUGCGGCAGCAGCGCUUCCUUGCUGACAAGAACGCGAAUGAGACCGAAGAGUCACCGUUCGAUUAUCGCUGGUAUAUACCGAUCACGUAUCAGUUUUUCGGUAGCGGGUCCAAUUUGGACGAACCGCCCCGUCGCGUUUGGUUCGCAAAUGAUAAGGAUAUUGUAGUGAUCGACAAACUGGAGGGUGCCUCUUUGGUGAAGCUCAAUUAUCGCCAGAUCGGUUACUACCGGGUGAACUAUCCGGUGGAGAUGUGGCAGCAGUUCGGGGAGACCCUACUCAACGAGCGGAACUCAUUCACGAUCGGCGAUCGUACUGGGCUGCUGAAUGAUGCCUUUGCAUUGGCUGAUGCUUCCAUGUUGCCGUACAACAAUGCACUGGAUCUGACGCGCUAUCUGCGGCAGGAAACAGAGUACGUACCAUGGGCUGCUAUUGCGAGCAAGUUGAAGAACAUCCGUAGCCUGUUAUACAAUUCCAACUCGUACGACGACAUUACGAAAUACACACAAUCGUUGGUGUCAGACGCGGUUACAAAUGUGGGUUGGAACCCGGUGGAUGAUGAGCACAUGGAAAAUCUUCUCCGGACGACGAUCCUUGAUCUUGCGUGUUCCUUCGGUCACGCCGGAUGUAUGGCUGCUGCUGGUGAGCGCUUCCAGAGCUGGCUGUUUGAGAAACAAACUAUCCAUCCGGAUAUUCGGUCGAUCGUGUACACGUUCGGUAUUCAGUCCAAUGUUACCGUUGCCGACUGGGAGAACGUACUCGAGCGGUUCCGACAGGAGAACGACGCAAACGAAAAGACGAAACUGAUGGUCGCACUCGCUUCCUAUCCUGACCAGCGCACCAUGCGCCGAUUCCUGGAUCUGUCCUGGGAUACGGAACUGAUCCGAACGCAGGACCAGCUAAGCUGCAUACAGUACAUUGCCGCGAAUCGGCACGGCGAACAGGCUGCCUGGGAACACGUGCGCGAAAAUUGGCCCCGAUUGGUUGCCCGGUUCGGUAUUGGCGAGCGUAACCUUGGCCGCAUGAUUCCGUCGGUGACGGGACGCUUUACGACGCGGGUUCGCCUGACGGAGCUGGAAGACUUUUUCGCUCGCUACCCGGAGGCGGGAGCAGGUGCCGCAGCUCGGCGCCAGGCGAUCGAGACCAUCGAAAACAACAUCAGUUGGUUGGAGAGAAACGAAGCGAUUGUAGCCAAUUGGUUGAAGGAAGCGAAUGCGUAGUUAGUUGGGCCCGUUCGCUCGACCGUUCAAUAGUUUUAUCGUUUAAUUGUGCUCUAAGAGAGUAAAAUACAGGUACGCUGUUUGCAUUUUUGUUUUGGA